AACUAACUAACCAUUCUCCUCCUUGUUCCUGCAGGGUUGGGCUCCGCGUGGGCCAAUACGCGUGAGGAGGUGGCCGACGUGCGCGAGGGGCAGGACGUGACCCUCAAGUGCCGCUUCAACAACCCGUCGCUGCUCCAGAGCGGCGGACAGAUCUACUGGAUGAGGCAGAGCAUCAAUGGCAAGCCCGACAACGUGGCCAUCGCCGACACGCCCUUCGCCCGGAACUACAAAGUGGACCUGGUGCCUGAGGAGGGGCGCUACGACCUGACCAUCAGCCGCGCCACCUACGAGCGGGACAAUGGCAUGUUCGAGUGUCGCUUCAAGGAGGCUGGCACGGGCUCGGACCUGCACACCACCACCGUCAACCUCACCGUGCUCAUCCCGCCCGGCAGCCCCAGAAUCGACCCUGAGACGCCCACCGCCACCGAGGGUCAGCCCAUCGACCUCGUCUGCUCCUCCCAAGGCGGCUCCCCCGACCCACAGAUCAUCUGGUACCGCUCGGGCUCAGAACAGAAGCUACAGAGCGUCCUGAAGCCCGGCGGCGGGAGGGACUUCGCCACCACCUCCGUGCUCACCAUCAACCCCGGCAAAGACGAUGACGGCGCCGAGUACCGCUGCGUCAUCUGGAACAGGGCGCUCACCGACUCGGAGAAGAUGGAGGCCUCCGUCACCCUCAGCGUCAACUACUACCCACGUAUCACCAUCGGGCCGGAGAACCCUCUGCGUGUGGAGCUGGACCACUCCGCCACCCUGACCUGCACUGCCGACGCCAAGCCGCCGGUGAGUAACGUGCGCUGGACCCGCGGCGGCCGCUUCAUCGGCACCGUCAGCAGCCACAUGAUUGAACGCGUCUCCCUCGACGACGCCGGCCGCUACGUCUGCCAAGCUGAUAACGGUCUCGGCCGCCUGCGUGAAGCUGAAGUGACUCUUGACGUGCUGUACGGGCCGCGCGUCUCAGUCAUCUCCAGCAAGGACGUGGACGAGGGCGAGGAUGUCAUCAUCUCUUGCAACGUGACCGCCAACCCUGCACCCGUCACCAUCGAGUGGCUGAAAGAAGGCGACGAUUCAUUUAGGCAGAAUGGCAUCGACAUCCUGAGGCUCAACCGAGUAUCCGCCGUCAACCAAGGGAACUACAUCUGCCGCGCCGUCAACAUUCUCAACCCCACCGGAGGCGAGCCCAGCGACCGCAUCGGCAAUGCCACCGUGGCUGUAAGAGUGCGCCAUGCCCCAGGGACAACCUACAUCCUGCCCAAGGAGCCGAUCGCCGUGCAGGACGAACCGGCAACACUGACCUGCGGCGCUGACCCUCCAGGCUGGCCCAUGCCGACCUACCGCUGGUGGAGGCGCGACUCAGAAUCCACUCUGACCCUGGGUGCCAACUACUCCAUCCCCCGGGCCUCCCUCAGCGAUGAAGGGACCUACUACUGCCAGCCCUCCAACCGCCUGGGGAAGGGCACACAUGCUUCCGUCACUGUCAAGGUCCACCAGCCGCCACUCAUCCUCGAGGACCUUCCUGAGACCGCCAUCUACCGCAUCGGCAAGACAGACCUGAGCCUCACGUGCAGAGCGCAGGGCAAGCCUCAGCCAUCCAUCCGCUGGCUCAAGGACGGAGAGGAGAUCAACCCUGCCGAUGGAUUGUAUGACAUCUUGGUUGAACAGUCGUCGGUCGGCCAGAAUGACAUGCACACCGUCCAGUCCACCCUGCAGUUCCGUGGCCCGCACAGGAUCAACGACAACCAGCUGCUGCCAACAGACCGAGGCACCUACCAGUGUGUGUUCAAGAAUGACGUCCGGGAAGUGUCCAGCUCACAACUCCUGCGUGUGGAACAUUCUCCCAUCACUGUCCACAAGCCAAACAAAGUAGCAUUUGACCUCCACGAAGAUGCCGAGCUGGAAUGUCGGAUGCAGGCAUACCCCGAGCCCAGGUUCCAGUGGUCCCUCGGCCCUAACUUCAUCGAGUCCGACGGCACGCACUACUCCGUCAACGACACCAUCUUGGACGACGACGUGUACGCCUCUGUGCUGACCAUCAAGGGCGUGACCGAGGCAGACUAUGGGAGCUACACCUGCAAGGGAACCAACAACCGUGGCGACCACAAGACCAUCAUCACCCUGCAGGAGAAGGGGCGGCCGGAGCACCCCACCAACCUGGAGGUCAUCAGCCAUGGCACCAGUUAUAUCGAGCUGGGCUGGGACGAGAGCUUCAACGGAGGUUUCCCGGACACGCUCUUCCAUGUGCAGGCUGAGACCAUGUCCGGGACGAUCACGAGCCACGAUUGCCAGUCCCAUAACCCCUGCGUCAUCCAGCCCCUCCCGCAGCAGACAGCGUUCACGCUCCGGGUCAAGGCCAGCAACAUGAUGGGGGAGAGCGAGUUCUCGGACCCACUGAAGGCCGUGACGCUCAUCGAUGUGGACACCAUUCCAGAGCCCGAGGAGGUGUUCUUUGAGCGGACGAGUCACAUGGUCAGCUUCCGGGUGCUGCCCACGGACUUGAUGCUACAGGCGCAGGUCGAGCUGAAGGAUUCCUCGGACAAGUGGACACCCCUGGAGGACAUGCUGCCCAUCAACACCGGCACCCACGACCACACCGAGCUGCACAUCGGGGACAAGGAGCCGGAGGAAGUCAGGAUACGCUUCUGCUCUGUCUUUGUGGAGAGCAGCUGUGGGAACUUCCGUGAAGGCCAGAUAGUGGACUACCUGCCGACCAUGCCGUCCCAGGCCAUGUCUAUGCAGUACAUGGUGGCCAUCAUCGUGGGCUGCGUGGUCUUUGUGGCGCUCGUGGGGCUCAUCUUCGUGUGCUGCUGCUGCUGCCGCCGCCGCAACAACAAGCUCAAGAACAAGACGGCGGACAUGGAAGUCUCCCACCGCAGCGUUGUGACCCAGCAGGCCCCACCACCACCCUACUACACUGUGGGGAUGGACAACAAGGGUCUGGACGGCUCCAUGGACACUGGCCUCGAUGACCCCUCCAAGACGGCCAUCUACAGCUCCCAACAGUACCACAACUACACCCAGAACGGACACAUCAACAAUGCACAGAACAACAAUGGGAUGAGCUACAUGGACAACAGCUACUCCAACUCCAACAACGGCGGCUCAGUGAACUCUCAGGACUCGCUGUGGCAGGUGAAGGGGCACGGUGACCCCCAGAUGACCGCCGCCCACAUGACCCCCCACAUGUCGCCCCAGGAAUCCCGCGGCUACCAGUACGACCCCAUGGUGCACGGCGGGUAUGGCAUCUCAGGCUAUGACGAUUACUCCCACUACCCCGCGGCCGGCUACCAGGGACACAGCAUGAUGGAGGACUACCCCGGCGCGCGCAACAACUACUCGGCCAACGGUGACCCCUACAAUGCCGUCCACAAGCAGAGGAAGAGAGUCGACCAUAUUGACGGAGACGUGAGUGGCAUGCCAGACCCCUACAUGGAGCACUACGAGCAGGGCGCUGCCGAGAUGAGCCCCGAGAACAAGCCUCAGAUCAGCUUCGACGAGUCCCUGGAGUCCGGCUACUCCACGCCCAACUCUCGCAACCGCCGUAUCAUCCGGGAGAUCAUCGUCUGAGGGGUGACACACAGGCCUAAAGAACUAUGCUAUUUUUUCCCUCAGGUGGCUUUAAACACCUGAAAUAUUAAUAAACAAGGAUGCUUUGAGCAGUAGAUUACAUGGUGGUGUGACACUCAUGUUGACCGCCACAUUGUGUAUAUCUAACUUGCCAACGGAUGUCAUGUUCUGUGUAAGGUGUUAACAUCACCCUAAAGAGUGUGUAUCCAAAGCAUGAUCCUUGUCCUCAUGCAUAACAGUGGCAUGAUGAGGGCUGCGCCGACGCCUUAAUUACAGUGGUGCAGCCGCUAAUUCCUGACAAAGACUGUGUCUGCUGCUUGCUUGCUUAUAACGAGACUCCUCAAGACUUGAGCGGUGGUUGUAGCGACGUGAAGUAUUGGGGAGGAUCUGCAACACCUCGAGGCUUGUUCCCUUUCCUUCUUCUCCUCUGCAAUCAAGAAAAGCCAGCGUUGAAACUUGGCUGAGAAAAGACAAGGUCUUGACCGCCCCUGCUCAUGUCUAGUCUGUAUCACUGAAGAUGACAAAGGAAGCGUUCUGCGUCUGUGGACAGUGGAGUGGAGGACAGACGAGGCUGUGGAGUCUGUGCUGGGUGUUGGAAAAUGUGAUAACAUCUGAAGUGCUAAGACUGGAACACAAUACAAUAAUCGUGCUUUGCUCAUACAAACUUUCUGUGUGCACGGUGAGGACCUCUGCGAUGAGCUUCAAAAAGUUCUGAGUACAAAGCACAAAGAGUGGUGAGCAUUGCGUUUGAAGCUCAAGUGUGGUCACAAGUGGUGUGCACCAGUCCCCACAAUGCUGUGCCGGGCAGGGCCGCCGAGGCCCUGGCCCGUGCAUAAUCUGUGAUACUGGCUGCCUUACUCCAAAACUUGAGUGCCGUGAAACACAGCGUGUCCCGAACAUUGGCUGCCAGCGUGAGGCGCAGCGAGCAACACGUGUCGUAACCUUCUGGGUGUGCCACUUGAAAGUGUUCAAACAUGGUCCAAGUUUUGAGUAACAACUGUCAUUGUGAUCUCAAGUGCAAAUGAGACUGUGUCUUGUUUAAUGUAAUUUAUAUAUAUACAUAUAUAAAGAUAUUAUGUAACACAUAUGUAAUUUAAAUGCAUGUACAGGUAAUGUUUAACAGAAGAGGUAAUUUGUAUGAUUGCUAACUUGUAUGAAUGGUUACCUCUUCAUUGUUAAGAAUUUGUUUUGUUUGCCAUAUUUAGAACUCACAAACUCUGCAAUAUCUUCUUCUUUUCUGAUUUCCAAAUUUACUAACUUUCCUUUGAUUCAGUAUUGAAAAAUGUUUAUUUGAUAACAAAUGGGCAUUGACCCCAUGUAUGUACUACCGUAAUGUUGGCCAUUUAAACAAGAGUGUACAAAUAGGCUACUAUACUUAGACUAUCUUGCUUAUUAAAACAUGUGGACCAUGUCGAUAAAGUAGACUUAAGUAAUAUGUUGACAUACACGCACAUUCCCUGCCACACACACACACUCUACCCAGAGAUCAACUAAAAUGAGACUUGCUCUAAUCGGGAGGGUACUUGCUGGCAAUGUUGAGUCCAGCUCGUGAUCAGGCUGUGGUGAAUUACACUGCCAUAAUAUAAUGAACAUGUAUUCACCAUGUUCUGGAGGCAGCAUCACCCCAGCAGGCCUUCAUAUUGACCCAUAUAAGUGCCUCGAGCCUCCACAUUUGACACAUUCUUAGUUGUGUCAAACAUUCACAAACAAAACCUUUUUCUACCCAUCCACAAACAUUCACAAAGGGACCAAGACACAAAACCUCUACCAAGGUUGCUAUGUCACCUCACAAACUAAAUUUCUAUUCAUCAUGUCCACCAGAUGGUCAACCAGCAAUCUUUACACUGUUACUGAUAAGGAAGCGUCAUGGUGCGCCACGUCACUGAGUGUCUUUGGAAGCUCUCCGCAAGUUUCUCAAGACAUUCGGUGGUGGGGUGCCAAAUACCUCUCAGCCCUGUGUCUUGUAUAGGUCUUGGGGGCUUUUGUAACUACUUAUGUAUGGGUGUUUGGGCUUGUCAUAAGUGUUGUAGAAGGUUAUUUUUUUCCCGUGUGUGUGUGUAUGGUUCACCCUCCUCACUAAUAACCCGACUAACUUCAUGCCCUGUCAUUGAAUUGUGUAUACAUGUAUGAUGAACUUUAUAAGAGACCUAAAAAACUCAAAUUUAUAAAUAAAGUUUCAUAAUUUUAA